CAACCAUGACGACCGAAUCUGGAUCAGACUCGGAAUCCAAGCCGGAGCAGGAGGCCGAGCCCCAGGAGGCGGCGGGUCCGCAGGAGCGAGCGGGGACGCAGCCGGGGCCGGGGCCAGGGCCGGAGCCGCCCAGUGCCGAGGAGCAGCGCCAGGCCCUAGAGCAGUUCGAGGCAGCAGCGCACAGCACCCCGGUGCGGAGGGAGGUCACUGACAAGGAACGGGAUCUUGCUGCCAGAGCUGCAAAACAGCUCGAGUAUCAGCAAUUAGAAGACGAUAAGCUUUCUCAGAAAUCAUCUAGCAGUAAACUGUCUCGCUCUCCAUUAAAGAUUGUCAAAAAGCCUAAAAGCAUGCAGUGCAAAGUGAUACUUCUGGAUGGGUCAGAAUAUAUCUGUGAUGUGGAGAAACGCUCCAGAGGACAAGUGCUGUUUGAUAAAGUGUGUGAACACUUGAACUUGCUAGAAAAAGACUACUUUGGGCUUACGUAUCGAGAUGCUGAAAACCAGAAGAAUUGGUUGGACCCUGCUAAAGAAAUUAAAAAACAGAUUCGAAGUGGUGCUUGGCACUUUUCAUUCAAUGUGAAAUUUUACCCACCAGACCCCGCCCAGCUAUCUGAAGACAUCACCAGGUACUACCUCUGCUUGCAACUGCGAGAUGACGUCGUGUCCGGGAGGCUGCCCUGUUCCUUUGUGACCCUAGCCCUGCUGGGCUCCUAUACUGUCCAGUCAGAGCUUGGAGACUAUGACCCAGAUGAAUGUGGGAGCGAUUACAUCAGUGAAUUCCGCUUUGCACCAAACCACACAAAAGAGCUGGAAGAUAAAGUGAUCGAACUGCACAAGAGCCACAGAGGAAUGACGCCAGCAGAAGCAGAGAUGCAUUUCUUGGAAAAUGCCAAAAAACUAUCCAUGUACGGGGUAGAUUUACAUCAUGCCAAGGAUUCAGAAGGAGUAGAAAUUAUGUUAGGAGUUUGUGCAAGUGGUCUGUUGAUAUAUCGUGACCGACUGCGAAUAAACAGAUUUGCCUGGCCCAAGGUUCUAAAAAUUUCAUACAAAAGGAACAACUUCUACAUCAAGAUCCGGCCGGGAGAGUUUGAACAGUUUGAAAGCACCAUUGGGUUUAAGCUGCCAAAUCAUCGAGCUGCCAAGCGUUUGUGGAAAGUAUGUGUUGAGCACCAUACCUUUUUCAGAUUGUUGUUACCAGAAGCACCUCCAAAGAAAUUCCUCACCUUGGGUUCCAAGUUUCGUUAUAGCGGCAGAACGCAAGCGCAAACAAGGAGAGCCAGCGCACUGAUAGAUCGCCCCGCACCUUACUUUGAGCGCUCGUCCAGCAAACGUUAUACCAUGUCUCGCAGCUUGGAUGGAGCAUCAGUGAAUGAAAACCAUGAAAUAUACAUGAAGGAUUCUAUGUCUGCUGCAGAGGUUGGUACUGGCCAGUACGCCACAACAAAGGGCAUCUCUCAGACCAACUUGAUCACCACUGUGACUCCGGAGAAAAAGGCCGAGGAAGAGCGGGACGAGGAAGAGGAGAGACGGAGAAAGGCGGAGGAAGCCACACCUGUUGCCGUGAUUCGGCUGGAGGGAAAGACUGACAGUGAGCGGACGGACACUGCGGCCGAUGGGGAAACCACCGCCACUGAGGAGCUAGAUAAAACUCAAGAUGACCUGAUGAAACAUCAAACCAACAUUAGUGAGCUGAAAAGAACCUUUUUAGAAACCUCAACAGACACUGCUGUUACAAAUGAAUGGGAAAAGAGGCUUUCUACCUCCCCGGUGCGACUGGCUGCCAGGCAGGAGGAUGCACCCAUGAUUGAGCCCCUUGUACCUGAAGAGAAAAUGGAAACCAAGACAGAGUCCAAGGAAACAGAGCCGGAACCCAGCCCGCACCCCCAGCCACUCAGCACGGAGAAGGUGGUGCAGGAAACCGUGCUGGUCGAGGAGAGGCGUGUGGGGAGGGUGCACGCCAGCGGGGACGCUUCCUCGGUGGCCGGGGACGACGUGGACGCUGCAGCACAGCCCAUGCCUGCCGAUGCUUCUAGCGUUAAAGGGAAGGAGGACUCUGCUGUGACUGAGGGGGCUAAGGAGGAAAGAGGGAAGGAGGCCGACAAAGCUGCACUGGAACAGGAAGGGACAGCCAUUGCUUCCCACGAGCGGCAGGAGGAGCAGACUGCAGUGGUCCACGUUUCUGAGACUUUGGAACAGAAACCUCAUUUUGAGUCAUCAACUGUGAAGAUGGAAACCAUCAGUUUUGGCAGUGUUUCACCAGGAGGAGUAAAGCUAGAAAUUUCUACCAAGGAAGUGCCAGUAGUUCACACUGAAACAAAAACCAUCACAUAUGAAUCAUCACAGGUUGAUCCUGGGGCUGAUCUGGAGCCGGGCGUGCUGAUGAGUGCACAGACGAUCACAUCUGAAACCACUAGUACCACCACCACCACCCACAUCACCAAAACUGUGAAAGGAGGCAUAUCAGAGACAAGAAUUGAGAAGCGGAUAGUCAUCACAGGAGAUGCAGACAUUGACCAUGACCAGGCGCUGGCUCAGGCAAUUAAAGAGGCCAAAGAGCAGCACCCUGACAUGUCAGUGACCAAAGUAGUGGUCCAUAAAGAGACCGAGAUUACGCCAGAAGAUGGAGAGGAUUGACCAGAGGAAUAAUUUAGAUUGCACAUGAAUCCAGUCAUCCAAACCAUUAGGAAAACCAGAGCCUAAAUGGAGUUCCCUCUUCUAACCCAACUGACUUGUCCGUGGAAAAUUUCAAUCCAGAAGAAUUGACCUUGACCAUUAAUAAAGACACUGGCAGAGAGAUCUUCCCAUAAUAAAGCAAUCAAAUCAGCAUCACUAAACUGAUAUUUCAUGAAGCAACAAUAAGAUUACAAAAGAGCAGCAUUUUUAAUUUUCACAAAAUGUCUAAGUUUUCAGCUAUACUUGCACGUUCAUAACUGACAAUAUAAACCGUGAUCUCAUGUAACACAUAAACAAUUCAUGCCUUUCGUAGUUUAUUAUUAUUGAAGUCUGAACAAAAUUGCAGUUUCUUAGGUGACAUAUCUUUUGUUUACAAAUAAAUGAAGAUUACCCUAAAAUGCUAGAAGCUGUCUAGGUCUGGUGUGUCAGGUUUAUCCCAGAUUAGAUGUGCCAAUAACCACUUUUAUUCAGAAAGUAACUUAUAUCUUGUACUUGUUUCAUCUGGUUUUAUUACUCUCACCCAUAAACAAUAAUGACUCUCUGACCCUCUGGAAAUAUUUAAUGCUUACGAUAUUGCUUUGUGUAUCUAAUUUAAUUCGUUAUAAGGUAGUACUAAUUUUAGCAUAUUAAUGUGAUUUCUUCCUUGUGUCCACUCUGGUCUGUGUUCAUUCAAUCUGGAAAGCUUCCCAGAGCUCCCUAACAAGUCCUAAAUAUGUAAAUUGUCAUUAUUUGGGAAGAAAACCUGUAUUUUUGUUAGUUUACAAUAUUAUGAAAUUUCACUCCGGGAAAACCUGUUGGGCUUCUGUUGCAUUGGUUUUUCUUCAUUUCUUUUUCCUUGUAUUUUUUUUAAUUGAUUUUCUUCUUUUACUUGAAAAAAAAGUGUUUUAUUUCCAAAUCUGGUCCAUAUUUACAAUCUAGUUCAGAGCCAAGCCUUAAACUGUACAGAAUUUCCGCUGUAAUUAAAACUAUUUAGUGUUUAGUUAUAAAUAGCCUUCAAAAAUAUAUAUUCUCCAUUGCACUGUCAGCUGCAUCACAGCCCAUGGUGAAUGUAUGUUUCUGCUUAGCAAAAUAAAAAUGGCAAAUGCAUUGAAACCA